CUUGCGGAGUUCCAUUCAAACAAAUGCUUUUGUUUUGGGGGUUUUUGGGUUGGUGUUAAUUACCCAGCCUUGAUGUAUUGUCUUGUUCAGCACAAAGGAAAAAAUAAAUCAAAAUGAAGAAGAGCCAGCGAAUGUCGUUUGGGUGCCGAAUGGAGACUUGAGAGAGAGUGAAUAUCGCAUGGUUUGAAUCCAAACAAGGGUUUUCCUUCUUCGGAGCCACGUUUUCUCUUGUCUAACGAGUCUUUACUCAGACUCACUGACUCUCUCCGAACAAGCAAAUUAGAGAGGAAAUUAAGUUCUUCAAUUCCUUCCCUCCUUCAACGAUUCGAGGUUCCUUCUUCUCAGCUCAUAUUUCCCGCCUUUCAAUUUCUCCUCUCAGAUUUUAUUGGACAGCGAGAAAAAAAAGUGUACGAAAGACUUGGAAUUGAAGCUGGGAAUUAUUCACUAAGGAGGUCAAUCCAAGUUCCAGAUUGAAAGAAGCCACCUUGGGUUCAAAAAGCGUUUUUUUUUUUUGCUGUAACAGUGGGAGCAUCAUCUUAACUGGUGGCAAUGGUGUUUGAGGACUUUGAACCCAUCUUUGCGGAGCCAAAGGUGGACUUUUCAGCUCACAGAUCAUGUCCUUUGAGCUCCUUUUUGUUGCAUGCCUAUGCUCCUGAUACUUCUCACAUUGUGAUUCAUGUCACUGAUUUCCACUCUCACACUUGGGAAGCUCGUUUCUCAGUUCCACUCCUUGAGGACAUUAGGGACAUCAUUGGAAUAGGGGGUUCUUGGUCAGAGUUUGUUGACUACUUUGUAGCUUCCCUCAAGUCAGAAGAUCUGAAGCUGGUUUUAGAGGCCAAUUCAAGCUCUGAUGGUAUUAGUAAUGCAAAAUUAGUUGCUCAGAAAUCAAAAGGAAUGCCUCUAAUUACCAUUCCUCUUACCAAACUUGUGGAUUCCACUGCUAAUGAAGCUAUUUCAAAUAUAUCCUCGAGGCUCUUUAAGGCAUAUAAAAACAUAAAGCGUUCUCUUGUAGAAGAGCAAGAGCGCACUAGCCGGUUGACAAACAUUGUAGAAGCUGAAAAGGAAAGAAAUGAAACUCUACACCAACAACUGGAACAUCGGCAUAAGUUUCAAAAGAUUAGUGACUUAGAGAAAGUUGGGGUUUCCACUAAUGGGCCACAAAACUCACCAGAAAGUGACAUGAGUAAGAGGAGAAAUGCUUGUUCUUCCAUUUUGAAUGUUGGAGAAAUCAAAUCUUCUAUUUUAGUGCAGCUAAGCAAACAGCUCGUGACACUACGAAAGUUAAGAAACGUGUGCUGCCGGCGCAUCGCAGGACCAAAGUAAGAGGGGCCCUCUUGCAUGAUAGUGAUAAUGAUAAAUAACUCGGCUUUCAGAUUGAACAAGCUGCUCAGAAGGAAGUGAAAGGAUUGUCCUCAUUCUAUGUUUUGUUCUUUUUUUUCCCCUCCAGCACUUCACCUUGUAUUUUUUGUAUAGUAUUGAAAACAUAUAUCACUAGUUACUCCCGUUGUAUAUUAACUAUGCAAAAUGAAAUUGUUCAUUUGAAUUUAAUGCA